GACUUAGAGAUGCUCAGAGACAAGAGACGCGUGGCGGCGAUACCAAGACACUUGGAGACAGGGAGGGGCUGGCUGGGGGCUGGCUGGGGCAGGACGGGGCGCGGAGAAUAAGCCGGUCUGUCCCCGAGAUCCGGAAGCCCGACAUCCGUAAAGCCAGUGCCAAGUCUUGCUGCAGCCAUGCCUCCUGCCCUGCUGCUGUGCCCCCUCUUCCUGGCCUCUGCCCUGAGCCCAACCCUGGCCUUGGCCCAUCUGCCCAACAGCACCAGCUUGGCAGCCACGGGCCCCCUUCCAGCCCUGUUGGCCCACCUGCGAAGGUUGACAGGGGCUGUGACAGGGAGCAGUGGAGGGAAUGGUGGAGGGAGCAGUGGCAGUGGCGGGCAAACCAAUGGGACCUCAGGGGGAGGGGGGGGAGGGCAGGCAGCUCGGGCCCCCCUGCCCGCAGAGCUGUGCCACGGUUACUAUGAUGUCAUGGGCCAGUAUGACGCCACCUUCAACUGCAGCACUGGCUCCUUCCGCUUCUGCUGCGGCACAUGCUAUUACCGCUUCUGCUGUGAGCACCGCCACAUGCGCCUGGCCCAGGCCUCCUGCUCCAACUACGACACCCCAGUCUGGGCCUACACACCCCAGCCCUCUGAUGCUGGUGGGCCCGGGGCCGGAGGGAAUGGCGGGGGCCCCGGCCCAGGCCAGCCAGGCUGGCUAGAUGGGAACCGGGUAGGGGCCGGAGCCGGAGGUGCAGGGGGCAGAGGUGGCGAGGGGCCGGGCGGCAGCACCGCCUACGUGGUGUGUGGCGUCAUCAGCUUUGCCCUGGCAGUAGGGGUAGGUGCCAAGGUGGCCUUCAGCAAAGCAUCCCGGGCCCCCCGAGCUCACCGGGAGAUCAACGUGCCCAGUGCCCCCGACUCCUCUCCAUCCCCUGCCUCCAGGGCCCUGGUGGAUAUCCUGAGGCACCAGGCAGGGCCCACCACCCGUCCUGACCGGGCUCGGAGCAGUUCCUUGACCCCAGGUCUGGGGGGACCUGACAGCAUCCCCCCGCGGCCACCCAAAAACCUCUAUAAUCCCGUGAAGGCCUCCAACCACGAUACCCUGCAUCAUAAUUACAUUCAUCUCAACGUCAACAGCCCCAAACAUCACGCUGCCACCCUUGACUGGCGAGCCCCGCCUCCCCCCAGCCCAACCCUCCACUACUCUACGUUGUCCUGCUCCCGAUCGUUCCACAACCUCUCCCACCUGCCCCCGUCCUACGAGGCUGCGGUGAAAUCGGAGCUCAGCAGAUACUCUUCGCUCAAGAGACUGGCGGAGAAGGACCUGGACGAAGCUUACAUGAAGAGGAGGCACCUGCCCGAGCUGCCCCGGGGGACCCUGCCCCUCCAUGCCAUGCGCCGGCCUGGCACUGGGGGCGGCGGCUAUGGUGGAGCUGGCGAAGGCUGGGGCAGCCCCGAAGAGCAGGCCCCCAUGCCCAACCCCCGGCGGGUCAUGUCUCAGGAACACCUGCUGUCGGACAGCGGCCGGGCACACUACGAGUUCACCCUGCCCCGAGCCCGCCUGGUGUCCCAGGAGCGCCUUUUGCUCUCGUCCCCGGAGGCCCUACAGAGCCAGGAACGGCUCCUGUCCCCUCCCCGGAGCCCCGCCCCACCCCCAGACCCACCCCGGGGGGGUCUGGCUGCCUCCCACACCAACCUGCUCCUGGGGCCGGGCCCCCCAACUCCCCUGCACGGCCUGCCCCCUCCCCUCCACACCCACCAUGGCCACCACACCCACCACCUGCGCCACGGCCUGCCCCCUUCGGCCUGGGGGGGGAUGGGGCCUGAGGCAGGGGGUGGAGGGGGCACGCUGGCCCGACGCCCGCCCUUCCAGCAUCAGGGAGGCCUGGAGACCCUCCAGUUCAUCCCUGGACACCACCACCCACAACACCUGCGCACAGCCAGUAAGAACGAGGUGACGGUCUGAGGCCUCAGAGCCUUCCCUCCCAGAGGCACCCGGCCUCGCAGGGCUCUGGCCAGGCCAUCUGGCCGUGUGGGGGGCCUCAGGGACAUCAUUUCUGAGGCUCUGCCCCUGGCUAAAGCAUCAUCUCCAGAGACCUCCCCCCCACCCCGGGAUAUGACCUCCAGAGGCUCCAUCCCUCCUGUGGCAUCACCUCCAGAUGAUGCCCCUUCCUGUGCCAUCACCCUUCCCUACCACAUUCUCUCGAGACGCUUCCUUCCAGUGACAUCAGCUCUGGAGACACAGGUCCUUCCCAUGCCAACAUCCCUAUAGUGGAUCUACUUAUGACAUCACUGCCAAAGUCUUCCCUCCUUCCUGUGACAUCAUCCCCAACAUCUUCACUCCUUCUGACAUCUCCAGAGGCUCCGCCCCUUCCUACGAUGUCACCUCCAAAUGGUCCCUCUUCCUAUGACAUCAUCUCUAGGGGAUUUACCACUUCCUGGGCCAUCCUCUGCAAAGCCUCUGCCCCUACCUGUGACAUAGUGCCCAGAGCUUCUGUUCUCCUGAGGUGCUGGAGGCUUUCACUUGCUGCUCUGUCACCUUCUUGAUCGGCACCACCCCUUCCUUCAACAUCAUCCCUGGUGGACACACUUCUUCCUAGGAUGUCACUUCUAAAAUGUCCAGUCUUUCCUGGGUCUGACACCACCUCCAGAGGCCCGAUCCUCCCCUGUGAUGUCAUUCCCAGAGAAGUCACCCCUUCUUGUCACAUCAUCUCCAGAGACCAUGCUCAUUCACAUGAUAACAUCUGCCGCAGGGGGCUCCAUCCCUUCCUGAGACAUUCUCCCCGGUGGUUACAACCCUUUGGUGAAACGUCUAGGGAGGGCCAGGGGUCAGUGGGAGACUGUCCCAGCCCCAUGCUGGGACACCGUCCCUCAGUAAGGAUCUCUCCGUUCCUGACUCAACUCUGCUGAGGUUCAGCCCUUUCCUUUUCCUAGGGAAGCCCCACACUUCUCCUGGGAAAUGGGAUCCAAGGCUCCAACUCUUCCUGGGAGCUUGGCCCUGACGGCUCCCCCAGCCCUCUGGCCUUCCCCCGCCACUGUCAGAUGAAGUUUCCAUCCUAGCACAAGGCAAGUCCACCUCCCCCGCUGACCUUAGGGGAGCUCCACUCCCCCAGAGGAAGCAGGGAAGACUAGCAGCUGGAGGAACCCCACCCCCUGCAGCUAUCCUGUCCAGCCCUUACUUCGACCUUGUAUCCAGUGGGUGGUCUGGCAGACCUUGGGGGGGGGCCUGACCAUGACAUUUGGGGGCCGCUUUCAUUGUCAGGGAGUUCUUGCUGAUGCCAAGCUUAAGUCUGCUUCUUUUCGAGUUUCCCCAUUGCUCCAGCUCUGACUUCUGUGGGCAAGCAGAAAGAAGUCUAAUUCAUUCUCCACAUUAUGGCCCUUGAAAUACUUGAAGACAGCUCUCAUGCCCUGCCCCCCAAAUCCCUCCCCAGAUAUGCACUCCAGGCCCUUCCUUCCCCAUCCUGAGUGGCCUCCUCUGGACACUCCAGCUGAUCAAUGUUCUCCUUAAGCUGUGGUUCCCAGAACUGAGCCCAGUGUCCAGGUGCACUCUGACCAGGACAGAGUGCAGGAGAACUCUUACCUCCCCAACACCUGAUGACCCUGCCUCCCUCUGUUGUGUGAAGUGUCCUCCACUCCUGUAGCCUGAACGACUCAUCUUCCUCGAGCCCUGGAGUUUGCCUUCAGCGUUUGGGUCCCAGAGGGAUCCUGGAGGAAACGACAUCAUUUCUUUUAGCACAUCACUGCUCCUGGAGGUUCAACACACAGUGACGUCUUUCCAGUGGGUCUCCAAUGAUGAUAUCACUGCCUCCUUUGAAUGAGGCUUUCGAUGAAUGAUGUCCCAACUGCUGUUUAGACAGCUGCAUCAAUGAUGUCAUCACCUCCUUCCAGGGCAGCCCCCAAAGAUGUCACAGCUGCCACAUCCUCCAAGACCCCUCCCCCAUCAUAACAGACAUCACUGCUUCCUGGACCUCAGGCCGGUGGAGGCAGCUCAUCUCUGUCUGGGGUCGUCCCUUCCUCUUGGUGUAUUCUUCGAUGACACAAUUCUACUGCCCACUUCUGACUUUGCCAUUCCUAAUCAGGGGUUCCUGCCCACUGCCAAUGAUGUCACCGGGCUUCCCCUCAAAGACUUCAUCCCCCGGAAAGCUUUGGGAAUGGGCCCCUUCUUCAUGACAUCACUGCCGUGACCUCUGACCCCUCUGACUGCCUUGAUCUCAGACAAUCCCCUCUCAGAUUUGGGGUUGUCUUUGGGGAUGAGGGGUGGUCAGAGUGAAGCCUGGAAGAAGACAGGAAGGGAUGGGGCAAGACCACUCCUAAGGCUUCUUCCCUUUCCUCUCCCCCAGGAGCCUUUCUGGUGUUUGGGGGGAGUUCCCCCCCCAUUCCCAAUGCACAACUCAUCCUCCCCCCUUGUAUAUAGCCAUGAUUUGGGGGUGCCUAUACCCCAACACUAAAGGGCUAAAAACCCUCCCCCAGCCCCCAGGGCAAGGUGGGGGGCUCUCCUCCCCAGUCUGUCCCCAACUCCCCCCGCCCCCCGCCAAUGCCUGCACUUCUGCCCUCAGCUCCAGCUGCACCUCAAUGGUGAAACCAGGCCCUUGACAGGGUAGGGAAAGAGCUGAGUGGGACUCCCCAGAUGCCUCAAGGCAGGACUCCUUUUUCUAAGGGCCCCCUGGUCCCCAGUCUUUUGCUGAGGCCCCACUUCCUACGUACGAUAGGGCCUCCCUUGCCCUUCUCUAAUCAAGAGUUCCCCAGCCUCCAGAAAAGACCUGAGGUGUCUGCCAUGUUGUCUCCUAGCCAGAUUCUGGUCCCUCUCCCUUGUUUCCCCUUCAAGGACCCAGGUGUGGUAUUGCCCUAUCUGCCUGGGCUGCCCAUGCCCCCUAGACAAUUAUAAGCCAUAACGGGGAAAGGACCAGGGGCAGGGGAGGGGGGAUUCAGAGGGGGGUUGGUUUUGAGGAGCAGAUCAAAACCCAGGACAUCCAGCGUCUCCCACUCCCUACAAUUGCUUCUAAUCUCUUCUCUUCUGGAAUUGCCAAGGGGGUGGAGGACAAAGAAUUCUGUGGGAGAGGACCCUCCGUCCCCCACAUCUCCCUCUGCUCUCCCUCUGCCUGAGUAAAGCCAGAGGCUUUGGAUGUUUGGGAUUUUUUGAAUAAACAAGUGUUUUCCUGC